UUGUAUUUCUGUGCACGAGCUGCUUCACUUCUGUGUUGUGUCAGGUGUGGUGAAAUCUGUGAAGAUGAUGGACGCACUGUCAGUGGUGAGUCAGCUGAGGGAUCUCGCCUCGGAGCCACAAAACCGAGAGGUCAUCGUCCAGGACCAGGGAUGUCUCCCCGGCUUGGUUCUGUUUCUGGACCACAAAGACCCAGAAGUUCUGUUUGCCACACUGCAGACUCUACGCUACCUAGCUGAGUCGCUUCCCAACAUCCCCAUCAUGAAGAAUGAGCUGGGUAUGAUGGUGAGCCUGGAGACUCUCAUUGCACGUAUUUCUGUGUACAGGGAAGGUCUUUCUCCAGACAUCACAGCUUUGGCACGGGAGGUGUAUGAUAUUCUUAAAACUCCCGCAAAUCUGCCACCGAGCACACCGGAGAGGAAAAAGAAGUCCCAAUUUUUUAUCAACUCUUCCAACAAAAAGGCCAAAUCAGUGACUCUGCACAUCAAGGGGCUGGACAGCACGGACCAGCGAGGUCUGUGUGAACAAGCUCUUCUGAAGGUCAGAGGAGUCAUCAGCUUCACUUUCCAAAUGGCGUCCAAGAGAUGCACGGUCCGCAUCCGCUCAGACCUGCCCACAGAGAGUCUGGCUACAGCCAUCGCAGCCACCAAGGUGUUAUCAGCCCAACAAGUGGUGAAGAAUGAGGCAGGAGAAGAGGUUUAUAUCGCUCUCAACCCGUCUGGAGCAGAAGUGCCGCAGAAUUCAGCCCUGCCAGAUUACCUCCCGGAGGAGGAGGAGAGCCCGGGGAAAGAUUUGGACAAAGCCAUCUCACGCAGCACGGCGAAGGAAGACGCCAGCGGGAGCUGGCUGAACGCCGCCGCCAGUUUCCUCACCAAAACCUUUUACUGGUGAAGCCGUGACAAACUGUUCAGACUAUCCUCUCUGUACAUGUGGAUAUCUCUCAGUUUGUGAUUAUUGACCACUGACACAUUUGUAUAAAUGCUGAAUUUCAAGUCUAUUCCUGUUUGAACUGAAAGGAAGUCACACUACUCUGCUUUGUUGUUCUAUCCACUAUUUCCAAAAAAUUGUAAAUAAUUCUUUUCUCCAGAUUUCCCUUCAGUAUUUCAAAACUUUUUUUGUUGUAAUUAUUUUGGUGUAUGCCGAAAUAAAUGUACAAA